AUGGAUUGCCUGGCUGUGGGAAUGUCGAUUAUGAUCCUGAGGUCGGAUGGACGUCAGCACUCAGCUAUCAUUGCCGGAGUGAGGCCCGAUAGUCGGAUGAUAGACGUGGAAUGGUUUGAGAACGUAAGUUCUUUGAAAUUUUUAUUGUCUCGUUUUUAGAGUGGAUAGAAAGAGAUGUCCGAGAGGUUGUUGAUUAAGCUAGUGGACCAGGGGAGGUGGAAGGUUAUGUUGUAGACGUUUCUUCGGCGGAUUUCUUGCUAAAAUUUAUAUUGUUUUACCCUAUCUCUUGACAUCUAAGGUUAUCCUUUAAAAACGUCUAAAAACUCUAGUUAUUAUUGCUCAAAUGUUGCACAUUGAAUAACCGUUCCUCUUUCAGGGUGAAACGAAGGGAAAAGCCAUGGAAUUGGCGCAAGUACUCCGAUUCAAUCCGGACCUCCUCGGUGAGGCCAAGUUGCCCGACGCGCAACCGAAGACCACUCGCCGAACGAUGGAACCAUCUCGUCCGUCUCCGGUUGUCGAAACCCCCGAGGAGAAGCCGGCGUUGCGGCCUCCGAAUACGAACAGAGUGGUGGAGAAGAACAGACAGACGAUUAUGGUCGAGAACGGAAGUAAAGCUGUGCCGGAAAGGAAGGAGCGAACAGCUUGUAAGUGCGAAAGAUGAAUAUUUGGAAGUGAUAGGACAUUUUGAGGGAAGUGAAAACAUAUUAGAAAGUUUUGAGCUUUUAUUUUUGGACUUUUCGAAAUUUCGGAUGUUGUACUUGACAUCAGAUGAAAUUUAUUGAAUUUAUUGGAAAGUCUGGGGAAUUUCUUUGGAAUUUUAUGUUCAAAAGUAUCACUGUGGUCUUAUGAAUAGCUUAGGAUACCAGGUCGUAAAAUUUUUUCAAUUUUCAAUAGUUUUUUGAUCGGUUUUUGGGGCUGGACCUUGUUUUAGAUUUUUUUGUCUGUUUGUCCCCAAUUUUUUGAAUUUUGGGAAUUAUUUCGAUCCCCAAAUUAAAGAGAACACUCUUGGAAGACUAAUUAUUCCCCUGAUUUCAGUGAAAAAUCGCCAAUCAAUGGUCGAAUUGCCGAAACGAACACCAGUCGAAGAGGAAAAGAAAUUCUUCGAAGAAGAAAAGCCUCCGAUAAGGAUGUCGUUGCUUCCACCAACAAAGUCGGAGGUUGUCAAGCAAGUUGAAGAACUCCAGAAGAAUCGGAAUGAACGAAGACAGCAACAGGUGGGAUUUAUUUUUAAUGGGUAUUAUACUUGACAGGGAAAGUGCUUCUAUGGGUACGGAAUAUCAAGUAUAACAUCCGUUUUUUCACAAGGAAAGUGUUUCUAUGGGGUAUGGAGUUACAGGCCGAGAUAUAUGUCAAAAAAAUCGCAAAAUUUUGCUGAUUCAGAAUAUGUAAAAAUUACCUGCCCAUAUUCUGGUUUGUAAAGGCGAAAAAACCAUCAAGACUUUUCUCGCAACACCACGCAAAUGCCUUUUUGACCAAGUUUUUACCAAAUCACAAGGUUUGUUUUGAGCUAAAGAAGCCCUAAUAUCUUGAGAAGCCUUAAAACAUCGAUUUUGAUGAAUACUACGCUUUUGAAGAACUAUUAAUUAAGGUGUAGUAUUUAUCACAAGGAAAGUACCUUUAUGGGGGCUCCUACUUUUUGACGGGACAUACCUCAAAAAAUCAGAAUAAAUGUGCUGAUCAAUGAUAUAUAAGUCUUAGUUGCCCAUUUUGGGCUUUUAUUGGUGAAAAUGCCCAAAAACUGGCUCAAUUUCGCUACAAAAGGCGCAUGCAUUCGAAACGAUAAAAAGCGCAGUCGGUCUCUUCCUUCUGAAGAGAGCGGUGUGGCCGAGUGGUUAGUGCCGUAGUCUGGGAAUCAAGAGAGAGGACGCCGCACGGGUUCGAUUUCCCUUUUGGGCUGAAUCAACUUUUUUGAAGUUGAAGGUCGGAAAAAUAAAUUUUUGGGCCAAGACUGUCUUAUUACGUCUUAGAAACUCAAUAAACAUCAUUUUAAGCCAAAAUAAAAAUUGUAAACCCGUGAAAAAUUAGGCGAAAAGGGAUUCAUAUAGGACUUUAAGUCAACUUUAGAUUGAGUUUUCACCCCUAAAAACCUAAAAUGGGCAGCUAGGAUUUAUAUAUCCUUGAUCAGCACAUUUUUUCUGAUUUUUUGAGAUAUGUCCCGUCAAAAAGUAGGAGCCCCCAUAAAAGUACUUUCCUUGUGAAAUUUGAUAUUUUAAGGCUUGCCAAGGUACCAGGGUUUGCUUUAGCUCAAAAACAAAACCUUGGAAUUGGUAAAAACUUGGGCAAAAAGUCAUUUGCGUGGUGUUGCGAGAAAAGUUCUGAGGGUUUUUUUUGCCCUCACAAACCAAAAUUGGGCAGCUAAUUUUUGCAUAUUUUGAAUCAGCAAAAUUUUACGAUUUUUUUGACAUAUGUCUCGACCUGUAACUCCAUACCCCAUAGAAGCACUUUCCUUGUGAAAAAAUGGACGUUAUACUUGAUAAUUUUUUUUUUGAGAUCCAGAGAUUUUGAUUGAAUUUUUCCGUUAUUGUUGUAUAAUAAGGUGAUUUUAGGAGGACGCUCGUCGACAGCGGGACAAUCUGAAAAAUUUGGACCCUGGAAAUCCGAAUUGGGAGUUCCAAAAAAUGAUCCGCGACUACAGAGCCAACAUCGACUUUAGACCGCUGAGAAUGGGCGAUCCGGUGGUGGAUAACCGGAUCUGCGUGUGCGUCCGGAAACGCCCAAUGUCCAAGAAGGAAGUGGGCAAAAAAGAGAUUGAAGUUAUCACCAUCCCGACCAAGGACACGAUCAUUGUCCAUCAACCCCAAAUGAAGGUCGAUUUGACCAAAUAUUUGGAGAAUCAGAAGUUCCGCUUCGACUAUGCCUUCGAUGACACUGCAGACAACACUAUGGUCUACAGAUUUACGGCUCAACCGCUGGUGAAAACCAUCUUUCAGCAGGGAUUCGCGACUUGUUUCGCCUACGGACAGACUGGAAGUGGCAAAACGCACACCAUGGGCGGAGAUUUUGAAGGGAAAAGUCAAGAUUGUGCCAAGGGAAUAUAUGCUCUGGCCGCGACGGAUGUGUUCGCGUUCAUGAAGAAGCCGGAGUUUAGAGAUCUGGACCUUCAUGUAGACUGCUCCUUCUUUGAACUUUAUGGAUCAAAAGCGUACGAUUUAUUGAACAAGAAGGCGUCGCUGAGGAUUUUGGAGGACAAUAAGAGAUCUGUUCAGGUAGGAAAAGAGGUUUUGAGAGGGUUUAAGAGGUUUUUUGAAAUUUUUUUUGGAGAAUAGACCUUAUUUUAGGCCAAAACUUGAUUUUCUUUGGAAAUAGAAGUUGGUUUUGCCGGUGUGUUUGCUAAUCAAGGUGAUAGGGGAGUGUAGAAGGUUGUAGAAAGGAUUUGGAGAUGUUUUGAGACUUAAAAUUUUAUCUUGGACCUUGUUUUAGAUGAAAAAGUCGAAGUGAUUUUUUUCGAAUUUGAAGGACUUUUGGUUUUGAAAUUGUCUGAUAAUCAUUGGUAAUGAAUUCAAACGAUUUUUAAAGCCGUUUGUAGGUGGGUUAAGUAUUUAUUAAAGAUUUUACUUGAUUUUAGCGCAAAAAGUUGGAAAAUUGAUGAUUAAUUGUGAAUUUUUGAGUAUUUUGGCCUGUUUUCAGAUUGUCGGCCUAAAGGAAUUCACGGUCCACAACGCCGAGGAUGUACUGAAGCUGAUCCGAGAGGGCUCGAGCCAAAGAACCGCCGGCCAGACCAGCGCCAACAACAAUUCGUCCAGAUCCCAUGCCAUUUUCCAAAUUAUUUUGAAGCGAAGAGACGACUCGAUCCACGGAAAGUUCAGUUUGAUCGAUUUGGCCGGAAAUGAGCGAGGCGCCGACACCAAAGCCUCCAACAAUCAGACCAGAAUGGAGGGCGGAGAAAUCAACAAAAGUCUGUUGUCCUUGAAGGAAUGCAUCCGAGCCAUGGGAAUGAUGAAGGAAUACGUCCCGUUCAGGGGAUCCAAGUUGACAUUGGUACUCAGGGACUCAUUUAUUGGAAAGAAUGCUAAGACUUGCAUGAUUGCGACGAUUUCGCCGAGCUUGGGAUCCGCGGAAAAUUCGUUGAACACAUUGAGGUAGGUGUUGGAAAAAGGUGAAAUUUUAUGUGGGUUUUGAGGUUUGGAAGGGUAGGAAAGGGGUUGAAAUGCUUUGCAGAGGAUUUACAAGGAAAGAACUUCUAUGGGGUAUGGAGUUACGGCCGAGAGAUAUAUCAAAAAAUUCGAAAAAUUUUUCUGGUUUAGAACGAAAUUUUUCUCGAUUUUUUAUAUCGUUUUGGACCAUGAAAAGUUUUUUAGCAAGAAAAGUACUUCUCUGGGGUAUGGAGUUACAGGCCGAGACAUAUAUCAAAAAAAAUCGCAAAGAUUUUCUGAUUCAGAAUAUGCAAAAAUUGGAUGCCCAAUUUUGGUUUGUAAGGGCGAAAAACCCCUCUGAACUUUUCUCGCAACACCACGAAAAAAUGUCUUUUUGAUCACGUUUUUACCAAAUCAAAAGUUUUAGCUCAAAACAAAACUUUUGAUUUGGUAAAAACUUGGUCAAAAAGGCAUUUGCGUUGUGUUACGAGAAAAGUUCGGACGGGGUUUUCGCCCUUACAAACCAAAAUUGGGCAUCCAAUUUUUACAUAUUAUGAAUCAGAAAAUUUUUACGAUUUUUUUGAUAUAUGGCUCGACCUGUAACUCCAUACCCCAUAGAAGUACUUUUGUUGUCAAAAAAACUUUCAUGGUCCAAAAAGGUCUAAAAAUUUGAGAAAAUUUGUGAUUUUUUUGGGAUUUUAUCUUGAAAUUUUGCAGGGUUAUGGGUUUAUUAGGCGUAUAGAUUACUGCAAUUUUCUUGACAAUUGUUCUGAAUUUAACCUUUCCCUUCAGAUAUGCGAAUCGAGCCAAAGAGCUGGCCUCGGACGGCGGAAACGACGACGACGUGGAAUAUCUCAGCGAAGAAGACAUCUCCCCCCAAGAAGAGGAGGAACCGGUCCCAUCAGAACCCAUCCCAAGAACCUCCGUCAAGGCCAAGAGCAAGGCCUACAAGGCCUAUCAGCAAGCGGCACAAGACCUGGAAAAUGCGGAAGGAGACGCGAUUGGAUGGCUGGAUGUACAAAUCGAAACAAUGCACAGCCUUUACUCAGAGUGUGUAGAGGCUGCGGACUAUGCUAGGUCCGUGGAUUAUGAUGUGAAGGAGUUUACGGACAAGUUCUCAAAGUUGGAAGAGAAUAUGAAGAAGACCUCGGAAGUGAUGUCUCAGUUCAAGGGUAAGGGACGGUUGAAGGUUGGAAAUGAGGGAAAAGGAAAUUUAAGGAUGGUAGAGGGGAUUUGAAGGGGAUUCAGUGGGAUUUGGAAAGAUUUUUAUGCAAUUUGGAUAUUAUUUUAGGUAAUAAUUUGAGUUUUUUUUGGUGAGUGAAGUAGGGAAGGGCUGGGAAGUUAGAGAUUAGGUAGUAAAUGUGGAUUUCAAAGGGAUUUAGAAGAAUUUUAGGGUGGUUUUGAAAAGCUGUAAUAUUAUUUUAGGUAAAAAUUUUCCAGGAAAAGUACUUUUAUGGGGUAUCGAGUUACAAGUUGAGACGUAUAUCAAAAAAAUCGCAAAAUUUUUCUGAUUCAGAAUAUGUAAAAAUUAGCUGCCCAAUUUUUGUUUGUAAAAGUGAAAAAACCUCAGAACUUUUCUCGCAACACCAGGAAAAUGGCUUUUUGACAAAGUUUUUACCAAUUCAAAAGCUUUGUUUUGAGCUAAAGUAAACCCUGACAUCUUGACAAGCCUUAAAAUAUCAAACUUGAUUAAUACUACACCUUAAUUAGUAGUUCUUAAAAAGCGUAGCAUUCAUCAAAUUUGAUGUUUUAAGGCUUGUCAAGAUAUUAGAGUUUACUUUAGAUCAAAACAAACCUUAUGAUUUGGAAAAAACUUGGUCAAAAAGGGGCAUUUGCGUGGUGUUGCGAGAAAAGUUGUGAGGUUUUUUCGCCGUUACAAACCAAAAUUGGGCAGCUAAUUUUUAUAUAUUCUGAAUCAGCAAAAUUUUGCGAUUUUUUUGAUAUAUGUCUCGACCAGUAACUCCAUACCCUGUGGAAGUACUUUCCUUGAAAAUUUUUUAUUAUUUGAAAAAUUCUUAUUUUUUGCCUUUUCAAGACUAAUAUAAGCAUUUCAGUCAACCGCAGCAACCUAACCAAGACCCUGCAGCGAGAAGCCGAGCUCAGCCAGCAUAUUUGA